AUGGCUGGACAGAUAUCUUUCUUUGGAGAUGGCUCUCUUCCAUUGCAUCCCUCCUAUUCCCAGAUUCUCCAGGCUCGAGGUCCUCGUUCGCUUCUCUCUGUGUUCUUGCACAAGGCGAGACUUACUAUCCAAGAUGAAAUAUCGAAGAUUCCUGUGUCGGAUCGGAAGGGUAUGCCCGAUAUCCCAGAGCUCGAGCGGCUAGUCCAGCCAUCCAGUGAGAAACUACCGCUCGACAAUCAAUGCCUGGCACCGGCAAUGCUUGUCAUUAUUCAAUUGGGACAAUUCAUCAGUUGGCACGAGUCUCAUCCAGAGGAACCUUAUCCGAACACACCUUCAUCCUUCGUUGUUGGCCUCUGUGUGGGUCAGCUAUCAGCGGUCGCCGUCAGCGUUUCGCGCAACCUGAAUGAACUCCUUCCGUUGGCUAUAGAGUCGGUCCGCUUGGCUUUCCGCACAGGACUGCUGGCAACCACGGUUAGAGAUGAUUUAGAGCUUGGUGAUAAAUCGGAGACGUGGGCAAUGCAAGUCCCUCGUGCCACGGGGCUAGGUGAAACCGAAGCACUGAAUACUUUUCAUCGAGAGGAAGGAGUAGCUGCGCGCAAACGAAGCUACAUUAGCGCUGCAUUCGGGAAGGGUCUCACAAUUCAAGGGCCACCCUCGACACUCGACAGGCUCGGGGAGCGACUGAGCACUAAUGGAAGACUUGCACCACCUAGCUCCUACCAAAGGCUUCCUAUUUACACUCCUUAUCAUGCACCGCACCUCUACUCAGAUGAAGACAUCGACCAUAUCCUGAAUCUCUCCGGCUCUGUUUUGAGUCCUUAUCACAAACCACUGCCGCUCGGUACGAACCUGCGAUUGCUUUCACCCGUGACAGGAGCAUACUACUCUGCCACGAACGGUCGUGACUUGCUGAAGGCAAUUAUUCACGAUGUCCUGAAGGCUCCUAUCCAAUGGAGCAAUGUUGUUGCAGGAUGCAUGGACAAUGUAUCUAAGCAAUCCACUUCGGACUGGAAUUUGCGUGCUUAUGGCCCGACACUUGCUGCUGCCAGCCUAGUCUCAUCCCUGAAGAGGGGUGCACAAGUGAAUGCCCUAUUUGAUGGAACUUUUGCUUCCAUAAACCCUGAUCAAAAGGGGCUGACCGCAAACGAGCCUAUCGCGAUAGUGGGCAUGGCUGGUAGAUUUCCGGAAGCUACCAGUCACGAGGAGUUGUGGAAUUUACUUGAAGCUGGUAUAGAUACGGUAAAAGUGAUCCCUUCAGACCGAUUUGACCCAGAAGUCUAUGUAAGCAAGGACGGGAAUGCCAAAAACCCUACGGGAUCUCCUUAUGGGUGUUUCAUCAAGGAGCCGGGCCUAUUUGAUGCACGCUUCUUCAACAUGUCUCCAAGGGAAGCCGAGCAGACCGAUCCUCAGCAACGCUUUGCUUUGACUACUGCGUUUGAAGCACUCGAGAUGUCCGGUUUUGUACCAAAUCGGACACCUUCUACGCAACUUGAACGUAUCGGUACGUACUAUGGGCAGACAGGUGAUGAUUACCGCGAAUGGAAUGCUUCUCAAGAUGUUCAGACUUAUUAUAUUUCUGGAAAUGAUCGUGCCUUUGGACCGGGUCGCAUCAAUCACCAUUUCAAAUUUGGGGGCCCCAGUAUGAGUAUUGACACUGCUUGUUCGUCCAGUGCCGUUGCUCUGAACGUGGCGUGUACGGCGUUAUGGGCAAACGAUUGCGACACUGCUGUUGUUGGCGGCAUGACUCUCUUCACGAGCGCAGAUACCUUCUGUGGUCUCAGCCGCGGUCACUUUCUGAACCACACAGGCAAUUGCAAAACAUUCGAUGAUGCAGCGGACGGCUACUGCCGGGGAGAAGCAAUUGCAACAGUCGUGAUCAAGCGUCUAUCUGACGCGAAAGCCGACAAUGACAAUGUCCUGGCAGUCAUCCUGGCUGCAGGUACUAACUACUCUGCCGCCUCGACUUCUAUCACUCAUCCACAUGGGCCUACGCAAGAAGUUCUCUAUAGAAAAUUGCUCAACGAUGCUGGCCUUCAACCCUUUGAUAUCGACUAUGUUGAAAUGCAUGGCACCGGAACCCAGGCUGGAGACGCUGCGGAGAUGAGUUCUGUGAGCAAUGUCUUCGCUCCUGAUUCACCAAGGCGGCUAAAGGAAAACCCUCUCCUCUUGGGCGCGGUCAAAUCCAACGUUGGACACUCUGAAUCAGCUUCCGGUUUAGUGGCUUUGAUCAAGACCCUGCUCGUAUUACGAGAGCAGAAAAUUCCUCCACAUGUCGGGAUCAAAAGUGGCAUCAUUAAUCAUACAUUUCCGAACCUGAAAGAACGACAAAUCCAAAUAGCGCUGGACGGUCCUAUCGAGUUUCCUCGCCGAACUGGCCGCAAACGGCGCCUCAUGGUCAAUAACUUUGGUGCUGCAGGUGGAAACACCGCCAUACUAUUAGAAGAAGCUCCCACCGCGAUACGCAACGGCAAGGCUGACGAAAGGUCUGAGCAUAUAAUUGCUAUAUCUGCGAAAACCUCGAAAUCAGCGAACGAGAAUGUCCAGAACUUAUUAAGAUAUCUUCGAGACCAUCCGGACACUCAGCUGUCAGACCUCUCCUAUACCACGACCGCCCGCCGUAUGCAUUUCUCGACAAGAUUUGCGUUGACAGCAUCAUCAAUGUCACAACUGGAAAGCCGUCUUAGCGCAGUCCAGGAUCAUGAUUUGAAGAGGAAAUCUAAGUCAGCAAGUCUCAUAUUCACAUUCACUGGACAAGGCUCUUUGUACGCCCCUCUUGCGAAGGAGCUUUUUGAGAUGUCACAACAGUUCAGGUCUGAUAUUAUUCGGUUCAAUCGAAUUUGUCUCGAUUAUGGAUUUCCCAGCUUUAUGCCAAUUCUCGAACGUUGCGAUAGUGACUUGAGUGAUCUGACCCCAACUCAAACACAGCUUGCGAUCACCUGUGUGCAAAUCAGUCUCUACCGCUUGUGGAUCGCUUGGGGCAUAGCUCCUACAGCCGUCAUUGGCCACAGCCUAGGAGAGUAUGCAGCACUAUUCGCAUCAGGGAUACUCUCUGCAAGCGAUACAAUCUAUCUCGUUGGUCAACGGGCCCGACUCCUGGAAAAUCAGUGCACGCAGGGCACUCACUGCAUGCUCUCGAUUCAAGCUGACUUGGAGACAUUGAGAUAUCACCUCGGUAAGCUGAUCGACGACACUGAGAUUGCGUGCUUGAAUGGUCCAACAGACACGGUACUCAGCGGUCGUAACGAAGUUCUUGAAAAGGCUCGGGAACUGUUGAAGAGUUCAGGUAUCAAGAGUGUCAUCCUCAACACGCCGUUCGCGUUUCACUCUGCCCAGGUUGACCCAAUUCUUGCAGAAUUAGAGGCUGUAGCGGGUACUGUGAGGUAUAUGACACCCCAGAUACCCCUCCUGUCUCCCCUGCUCGGCACCGUUGUCCAUGAAGAUGGGCAGAUUGGACCUGCUUACAUCCGGAGGCAUGCUCGAGACUCUGUGAACUUUGUCGCUGCUUUGAAAAUUGCCGAAACUAAAGGGCUGGCUAAUGAAAACACUGCUUGGGUUGAAGUUGGACCAAAGCCAAUAUGCUUGGGCAUGAUUCAAAAAACCCUGGGUCAUUCUCGACUGAUUCAUUCACUUCGCCCCAACGAAAGCCCGUGGGUUAGUGCGGCCAGAGGUCUAACCUCGUUGUACAACUACGGCUUUGACAUUGAAUGGAACGAGUAUCAUCGGGACUUCGAGCACUCACUGAAUUUACUACAUACUCCCGUAUACUCUUUCGACGAGAAGAAUUAUUGGCUUCCUUACAAGCAUGACUGGGCAUUAAGAAAAGGUGAUGGCAUGUCAAUUCAGUCUACGAACCACAGUACACCAAAUGCACCUUCCAUCAUCACUACCACUCUGCAUACGUUGGUGUCCAAAGAAAGUCAUGGCUCUGAUGUUGUCUUGACUUUUGAGACAGAUCUAUCGGAACCAAUACUCCACAAGCUCAUCUCCGGCCAUAAGAUACACGGCAGUGCACUUUGUCCUGCCGGUGUUUACGCCGAUAUGGCACUCUCUGUGGCUGACUUUGUUCGAAAGAACUACGAACUCAAAGUUUCAACAACAGGGAUUAAUGUGACGAACAUGACAAUAUUAGGCUCCGUUACGGCCGCAUUGGACCAUGUCUCUACGCCGCAACUCCUUCGCAUUAGUGCAACGACGAAUCUGGAAAGAGGAAUAAUUAGCAUUGACUUCAAUUCAGAAAGUCCUCAAACGAGAAAGUUUACUCCCAUAGCCAAAUGCACGAUCGAGUACGGUAACGACAAGACUUGGCUACAUGGCUGGUCUAGGUCGGCAUACUUGGUACGCAAAAGAAUUGAAGAUCUUGAACGCGGGGUUGGCAGUGGUACGACGAACAAGAUGUUAAACAAGAUGGCCUACCAUCUGUUUUCUCAACUGGUUGAUUACAGCCCCAUCUACCAAGGCAUGCAAGAGGUCUUGGUUGAUACGGAUGAGCUAGAGGCCAGUGCUAUCGUCAAGUUCCGUGAAAACAUGGACAUUGGCGAUAACUUCGUCGUAUCCCCAGUCUGGAUCGAUAACCUGGCUCAAGUGGCAGGAUUCGUUAUGAACGGUAUCGGUACUACCGAUUUGAGCUCAGAUGUCUAUAUCUCCCAUGGCUGGGGCUCACUACAACUGGUCGGUCCUUUCGAUAGCACUCAGCCAUUCAAGGUACACGUCAAAAUGCAGAAAUUUGACAAGACAGUGAUGGCUGGCAAUGUGUCCGUCUUCCAGGAGAACAUCAUGAUUGGCCUGUUUGGAGAUGUUAUGUUCCAGAAGGUCCCAAGUUCUUUACUCCAAACGAUGCUGGCUCCACACUUGCAGCCGUCCACUACCAGUAAAUCACCAACGAUCACAGCGAAAAUCAGUUGCAAGGCAUCGACCAGCGCUUUGAGACCACAAGCUCAUGCGAAAGGGCAACAGAAACAAUCUAUCACUUCUCCCGCACCUCCUGCCGACAAAGAAACAGAAUUUGCUCGGGUGAUAAGAAUUAUGGCCCAGGAAAUCGGAAUCGAGGUUGGGGAACUUAAUGACGACAACAAUUUUUCGGAUCUAGGCGUCGAUUCUCUUUUGUCUCUGACUAUUCUUUCCAAGGUGCGGGAGUCGACUGGUAUUGACUUGCCACAGUCAACGUUCGCAGACUGUGGUACAGUUGGUGAUCUCAAAACAUUCCUCAAUGACACCGCGAGCCAAGAUGCAACUUCUGAGUCAUCAUUAGGGACCUCUCCUAAUUCUGGUCAACAUAGUCCAAUAGUGGACUUUGACCCAUUGACAGCAAACAAGACUGCAGACAUGGUUGAGAUCCUUCACGCCACUCUCGCGGAGCAAAUUGGAGUCGACGUGGACGAACUUUUAUCGGCAGAUGACCUCUCUACGCUGGGUGUCGACUCGUUGAUGAGUCUAAGUAUUGUUGCAGCCUUGAGGGAGAAGUUGGGAAUUGAGAUUCCUUCGGACGUGUUAGCCGAAAAUCCCUCACUGAAAGGCAUCAAAGGAGCUCUGAAUCUCUUGCCUCUCCCUGAUCUGAAGCCGCUGGCACCAGCCGUAGAGUCACACCAAUCCAAGCCUUCCUCUACCAUGAGGACCAAAAGGAGUGCGAAAUCAUUCUUGCUCCAAGGAAAUCCAAAAACUGCUUCCAAAACCAUCUUCCUCUUCCCAGAUGGAAGUGGCUCGGCCACAUCAUACAGGGAGCUGCCAGACAUCGCGUCGAAUACUUGUGUCUAUGCCAUUGACAGUCCAUUUCUCAGAUAUCCCGCAGAAUACACUUGCUCGCUCGAGGAAGCCGCGUUAAUAAUGACCUCCGAAGUUCAAUCACGCCUGCCCAAGGGUCCUUACAUCCUUGCAGGCUGGUCUGCUGGUGGUAUGUAUGCGUACGAAGCCGCCAAGCACCUCAUUUCUGCCGGAGAAGUGGUCUCUAAGCUCAUUCUCAUCGACUCGCCAUGCCGCCUGGACUACGGUCCCAUGCCACAAGACGUCCUGGACUACGUCUGCAAGUCUGGUGUGAUCGCUGGCGAAGGAAAAUCGAGUUCUGCUCCUGAAUGGCUUGUCCAGCAUUUCCAAGGCACUAUUCGUGCAGUGAUGCAGUACUCGCCGCAACCGCUUCCAGCCGGUCGCUCUCCACUGACUUCUGUGAUAUGGGCCGGUCGGGGUGUUUUCGAAGAUUUCCCGGGAGCAGAAGUCGCCGGGCUGGACCUCUCUGACCCCGUUGCGUCUUGGUUGCUGAAGCCAAAAGCUAAUCCAGGAGCUAACGGGUGGGACAAACUGUUGGCAAGUUCAAAGAUGCAGUGUUGUUCAGUUGAUGGAAACCAUUUUAGUAUGGUUCAUCCUCCUCACUGCUCAUCGCUCAGCCGCGCUAUCGCUGGCGCCGUUGACGAAGCUGUCGGUAUCGAUUGGAAGACGGCCGCAUGA